AUCGAAAAAACGGGGCACUGACUCUGCCAUUGCCCCUGCGUCCAGUACCUACGCAAGCUUUGUGAAGGCUGCCUCUGCUCUACAUUUGGGUCAGCAGUGUGUCCGGCAAUUGUUUAUGAAGUGCACAAAGAGUAUAUAUAUGCUCACUCUGCCACGAAGAUUGCUAAAAUGGAUUUGAACAAUUGCGGCUUCAUCGACCCACAGGCCCAACUUAGUGCGGCGCUUGCCAAUCGCGACCUGCGAGAGUUUCGCAAUGCCUUGGAUAAUGGUGCCCAGCCCACUAUGCUGGAUGAGAGGAACACAAGCAUUUAUGAGAAGGUACUUGCAACGCCGGAGUGUGCGGAAUUUGUGCAGGCAUGCCUCGAUCACGGCUGCAACGUGAAUUAUAUAAAUCAACACAUCAACAAGGCGGCAAUUAACUACGCCGCCGAUUCAAGAGACCCCGACAAUUUGUCGGCCCUGCUGCGGCAUCGAGGUGUGCAGGUGGAUCGUAAAUACUCGCAGCUGACGCCUCUCAACUCGCUGGCCAAAAACCUGACUGCAGAGAAUGCGGCCAAGGUGUCCACGUGCAUGCAAUUGCUGUUGAACUACGGAGCUUCCACGAACAUCCCAGACCAACGUCAGAUGACCCCGCUGCACUAUGUGCUGAAGAAUCGCAAUGUGGAUGAGUCCAGGCAGCGCGAACUGGUGAGCCUGUUUCUGUCGCGACCGGAACUGGACAUCGAUAGCUACCGCAAUGGGGAAGUGCGGACUUUGCUGCAGACGCUGCAUCCAGACCUACACCUGCCCGCUGUGCGUGAGGUCAGCCAGGAUAUCGAUUGCGAGACUUUACUGCGGCAUCUGCGUAACAAUGAUGAGAGCCAGUUCGAGCAACAAUUUUCCGAAUAUCAACGAAAUAUUAGCGAUACGGACAAUCAAAGAAAUACCACCCAAGAGCAAUAUUUACCGCUGUUGGUGGAGUCGAUAAUGCGGGGCCUGCAUCGCGCCUUUGAUGCUAUCCUGCGGACUGGUGUCAACAUUAGCGCGCAAAGCGGUACCAAAACACCGGUGGAAAUAGCCAUAAUUUGGGGUAAUUGGGUAGCUCUCGACAAGCUCCUGCAUCACGACGAGUUAAAUUUGAACCCGCGUGCGCAGCUUUUGAAUACGGUCAUUAGUAAAUUGGACGAGCAGCCUUUCGAUGAGUUCUGCGACUAUCAGAAGUGUUUCGAAAUACUUUUAAGCAGUGAGCAUGUUAAUGUCAAUGAGGUGGAUAAGAGUGGCACCACACCCCUUCAUUAUGCAGUGAAGUACCGGAAUAUAGAGGCUGUUAAGGCACUGCUACGACACGGCGCUUACAUUGGGAUGAGGAGCGCAUUCAACGAUCUGCCCAUACAGAACUUGCAGCUAGAAGUGUUGGAGGAACAUUUCGACUCUUGCAUCACGACCAAUGGCUUGAAGCCAGGAGAGACGGGCUUCGAAAUCAUCAUCAACUACAUGAAUCUGAUGCACCAGGACCAAUAUGGAUUGCAGGCCAAUAAGCAACUGCACGAUGAAAUGACUCCCGUUGCCUACAUAGCCGAGUCCAAAGAGCUGCGCCAGCUCCUGCAACAUCCGUUAAUCACGAGCUUCCUGUUUCUUAAAUGGCAUCGCCUGUCGGCAAUAUUCUACAUCAACUUCCUGCUAUACUUGCUCUUCACCAUCUCAAUCAUUACACAUACAAUGCUGAAGUUACACCAAAGCGAGCAGGAGUCCCUAACGCUGCUAUUUGGACUGUUCUCUUGGAUAGGUAUCACCUAUUUAGUAAUACGCGAGUGCUUGCAAUUCGCAAUGGCACCCGUCUUGUACUUCCGAUCUAUCACCAACAUCAUGGAAAUUGCUCUGAUCAUACUCUCGAUCUUAAACUGUACUGUGUCCACCUACGAAUAUGAAAUGCAUCGAGUCAUUGCGGUAUUCACCAUAUUGCUGGUCUCUGUGGAGCUUUGCCUGCUCGUCGGGUCGCUCCCAGUGCUCUCCAUAUCCACGCAUAUGCUCAUGCUGCGUGCAGUCUCGAGUAGUUUCAUGAAGAGCUUCACCCUCUACUCCAUCCUUGUGAUCACAUUCAGCUUGUGUUUUUACAUACUUUUUGGCAAGCCAGACGUCAAAGGGCAGGAUGAGAAAUUCAACGCAUUUGUCAAUCCUUUUGGAACACUAAUCAAGACGAUUGUCAUGUUGACGGGCGAGUUCGAUGCCGGAGACAUUAAAUUUGAUAGCUUCUACAGUUACAUCCUCUUCCUCUUGUUUGUCUUCUUCAUGACGAUCAUUCUCUUCAACCUUCUUAACGGUCUGGCUGUAAGCGAUACACAGGCCAUCAAAGCACAAGCUGAACUGAAUGGCGCAAUUUGUAGAACCAAUCUACUGACGCGCUACGAACUCGUCCUGACAGGUCGAGGACGAACAGGCUAUAUUGUGAAUACCGAACCAUUCCGCAGUAUUUGUCGUCGUCUAAUGAACAUAUAUCCCAACUAUAUGUCAGUGCGACAGAUAUCCAUUCUGCCCAAUGAUGGUAACAAAGUGCUCAUACCACGGAGCAACUCAUACGAGCGGAAUCAAAACAGCUCUGUUGGCUUUCUGCCAUUGCCUACUAAUACCGGACAUCUUCUAGAUCCACCGCUAAGCAUUCUACCGUGCUGCUGCUCAUGUCUAACCGGCAGGUGUGCCGAGAUUGAUAAUCGAACUGCCAAACUGGCUCUCAAUGUUAUCGAUCGGAAAUCGUGCGCUGAAAGGAAAAGGCAACUUGAACAGCAAACCGAAAGACGCUUGCAAAUAAUCGAACAAAAAACGGAUCGAAUACUGCAGUUGUUGCAGGAACGCAGCUAGAUAUUUUAAGUAGAAGUGUUAGUUCUGAUUUGAUAAAACAAAUUAUUACAAAUCUAAA